AUGGCUGUGCCUUGUAAACUCGUGGAAUGUGGAAAUAUUGUAUGUUUAUCGUGCGGUACUGGACUAUGCAUUCGCAUAUCACGUGGGACACCGUUGUUCUCGUGGUGGAUUAACAAACUUAAGGCUCUACUGUAUCAUACUGGUAUCAUACUCGCAAUGUCGAGGUGGGGAUCUCUCUCCCUUUCUCCCUUUGAAGACUAUAGCCGUUGCAUAACGUACCACCGAGGUUUUUGGCACUUUUGCUUGCAUUCCGAGUCGCACGCGAUUCCCUCUAAAGACGCUUCGACACUAGUCUACUAGCACUGUAUCAUAGUCUACCACGCUCCACAAGGAGCCUUCUAUGAUAAUUCCUGCGCAUUGCAACGGUAUCGUACGGCAUUAUACCAUGCAGUAUAAUAACACACCGGUGUUUAACACCCAUAUCUUUGUGGGGUGCGGAGACUGCAACCUCACCAACCCCUCCUCCUGGCCGACUUUAGGGGGGGCUGUGCAUCCCACUCCGAGGAGGGAUGGUUAUGAUACUGGAAAGGAGAAUUGUACUAGUACCAUCGCACCGGGCAGGGCUAUGGCAGGCUGAAUAUCCUAUAAUACCGACACGGUUGUCGGGGGGAGGUCUCAUUUGACGAUCGCAGGAUUACAUGAUAAACUUACAAGCCAUGAUAAUCCAUAACCCGCUGGAAAUCGGUGGCACAUUUAGUUUUCGGGGGAGGGGUGUUCUAACGUUACAAGUACCCUACCGGUAUUCGAGUAGGGCGACGCAGAAAAGUGCAUGAUUGAGCGAACACCAAGUUUGCUUUACCUGGAGAUUUACGAAAUGCGUUUCAUACGGUAUGAUACUUUUUUUACCAUGUUGCUUGAAUUAGACUACCUUAACAGCCACAAUAUAGGGCGAAAACCUGCAGUGAUCGGAGCUCGGGCUAAGCAGUCCUUUAGGUUGGGUUGGGGGGGAACACGUCUCGAAUUCAUCCUUCAGCUGAAGCAGACAUGGAGAAAAUACCAGCGAGUUUUAUCGUAACCGUGUGGAGUGCAGUUCCAAUAUCCUUCUCGCACAUGGUCCAGUCGCUCUGAUUCCUUGAGCAGAGGUGAAUAUGACAAACAACAGCGCACCACCCCCUUCCCAAAAUCCCAUUCCGACGCUAUUAUACAGCCCACAGCAAAAAUAACCCUACUUCCGUUCUUGCAGAUCGAUGUGUGAUAAAGAUAAUAAUAAUACGAAGACGAGAGGGGGUCAAGAAUUGGAUUUUAUAUUGCGUUGGCGGGAGAACAAAAAGCCCCCGCGAGGGUCUUUAGUAGCCUUGGGAUCGCACUCGAUAUGGAAAAAGUGUUAGCAGGAGCAGCCUGACUAAAUAGUUCUUUUAUUAUUAUUGGCAUCAUACAGUACCACUGGCAUCAAUACAAAAAGUUCAACCCAA